CGCGCUCCACGCAGCGGGAGGCCCCGGCGCUGCUUGGUCCACACCCUCAAGGAUGAGGCCAUGACGCCACGCCUGGACCAGGGCCAGGUCACCCCGCCCCGCCCCGCCCUCCCCGGGGCUCCCCGAGGGGAGCCCAGGGGGUGCCGCUGCUGACCCAGCUGCCUCCGCAGCGUCUCCCGGAGCCUCGGGGGUCCUGGCUGUGCUCAUGGGGACCCCCAGGCCUGGGGAUCCCCACUGGCCGGCCUCUGGCCACGCGGGAAGACCCCUUCCGGUCCAGAACCUGUUGCUGCUGCUGGGGAUCCUCCUGAGCUGUGGCUUGGGGGGCGGUGCUCAGGGUCCAGGGGAGUGGACCUUGUGGGGGUCCUGGAGCCGCUGUUCCAGCUCCUGCGGCCGGGGCGUCUCGGUGCGCAGCCGGCGCUGCAUCCGGCUUCCCGGGGAAGAUCCGUGCUGGGGGGACUCCCACGAGUACCGGCUCUGCCAGCUGCCUGACUGCGCCCCCGGGGCCGUGCCCUUCCGAGACCUACAGUGCGCUCUGUACAACGGCCUCCCUGUGCUGGGCACCCACAAGACCUACCAGUGGGUGCCCUUCCACGGCGCGCCCAACCAGUGCGAUCUCAACUGCCUGGCGGAGGGACAAGCCUUCUACCACAGCUUCGGCCGCGUCCUGGACGGCACGCCCUGCAGCCCCGGCGCCCCGGAGCUCUGCGUGGCCGGACGCUGCCUCUCCCCUGGCUGUGAUGGGAUUCUGGGAUCCGGCGCCACGGAGGACCAAUGCGGCCGCUGCGGGGGCGCCGCCGACUCGUGCCUGCGGGUGCAGCGCGUGUUCCGGGACGCGGGUGCCUGGGCCGGGUACUGGAACGUGACACUGAUCCCUCAGGGAGCCAGGCACAUUCGCGUGGGGCAUCGCAGCCACAACCACCUGGCGCUGCUGGGAGAUGACGGGCAUUAUGUGUUCAACGGGAAUUGGGUGCUCAGUGCGCCUGGCACCUACGAGGUGGCCGGCACCCAUGUGGUCUACACUCGCACUGCGGGUCCAGAGGAGACACUGAGCGCCACCGGACCCACCUCCCACGACUUGCUCCUGCAGGUCCUCCUGCGGGAGCCCAACCCUGGCAUUGAAUUUGAAUUCUGGCUUCCCCGGGAGCGCUACGACCCCUUUCAAGCUCAGGCGCAGGCCCUGGGCUGGUCCCUGCGGCAGCCGCAGCCUCGGGAAGUGGAGCCUCGGCCCCCUGAGCCCCCCGCCAGCCCUGUGACCCCGGCCCCAGACCCCUGCCCGCCCUGCCCGGACGCCAGAGGGCGCGCCCACCGGUUACUCCACUAUUGUAACAGCGACUUCGUGUUUCAGGCCCGGGUGCUGGGCCGCCGUCGGCACGCCCAGGAGACACGCUACGAGGUGCGCGUGGAACGCAUCUACAAGAGCCGUGGGCCGCUGCGGGGCCGUGAGUACGUGUGGGCGCCCGGCCGCUGCCCCUGCCCGCCGUUGGCCCCCCACCACGACUACCUGCUCGCCGUGCGGCGCCUUGUCAGCCCCGACGGCACCCAGGACAGGUUGUUCCUGCCCCAGUCCGGCUACGCCCGGCCCUGGAGCCCUGCCGAGGACAGCCGAGCCCGCCUGGCUGCCCGGCGCUGUCCCGCCUGAGCCUCCAUCCCAGCAGCCAAGGACACACGGAGUGGACGCUCCUUCUCGUUUUCACUCUCACCCUGGCUGCCAGGAAGCUCCUGCAUGCUCCUGCUGUCCUUCUGGCCUGCCAGGCCGAACUUUAGAGACAGCGUGACCAAUACCUGCGUCUCUGGCUCUGUGGACAGCCCGCCCCCACUUCCGUCCUGUCUGGGAGGGAGUCGGGGUGAUCUCGAGAACAAACUUGGGUCUGUGGGUGUCCCCUGGCCACUCCCCUUCCCUGCCACACUGGGGAUGGUGGGGGUCACUGCCCUGCCUGUGGCUCCUGUAGGGGGCGUUUCCCAUGGGGAUGACGGAUGGACCCAUGCGUGCUGCUGGUGCAGGGAGCGGCCCUGUGAGGCUGGAGGAGCAAAGACAGAGGAGG